CUAGUUUCUUCUUCUAUUGUCACUAGGCUGGCAAGGUCAUCAAAUUAUUUAGUGUUGACUAGCACCGAGCUCUUGUUUCCUUAGGAAAAAAUGAAGGCAAAAGCAAAAACAAAAAUGUGUCACAAGAUUGAUAGUGAGGUGGAAGCUAGCAAUUGUAAGCAGGAUCAGGAGUCCGUGGAACCAGAUAGAGAAUAUAAUAAACCUUGUACUCCCAAGCAGGGGCAGCAAUCAAAAAGUUUGGGCACUUCUACUGUCAAACAAGUUCAAGCUAAGGAGAACACUGAAAACAAAAGGCUGUGUGUGAGAAGGCAAUCUGCUAGAUUGAAAUCUGAAGAAUCAAAACCCACUGAAGACUUCUUCGAGAUAGAGGAAGCCAAAUUUCCUGUAUGUCCUUUGCAUGAUGAUCAAAUGCAGGGUGAUGUUUCAACUACCAUGCCUUCAAUAUUCAAAAAAGAAGAUAUAGAUGGCAAUUGUGCUUUUGGAAGAACAUCGAUCGGAAGGCCUGUGCGCCACGCAGCCCAGAAGAUUCAGUCAUACAAGGAAACUCCAAUCAAUGUGAAAAUGCGCAGGCCUGCAUAACCAGAUCUUUUUUGACAACAUUCUUCAUAUUGUUGGGGCGAGUUGCAGAUGAGUGCUGAAAGAAUGAAACUCUUCGUUACCUGCUCCGUUAUCUUUCUUUUAAGAAACAUUCUUGUUCUUUAUGUUCGCUCUUUUGAACCACUUGAAGUUUGGCUGCUAGUUCACUGUAAGAUUUGAAACUUGACUAGUUGACUAUAUUAAUAUACAUGUCAUUGAGCUGUGUUG